UCUACACCUUAAAUGGCGGGGCUUUUAGACUUUUUAUCCUCGAUAAAUCCAAAAUCCUUUAACGUGUCUUUAAUGAGAAACUGGACAAAAACAUAAUAUCGAUUCAUAGUAAUUUGGCUUGGUAUAGAAGAGUUUUCUUUUUAGAUUAACGAAUAUCUUGUCUAUAUUGCUUCUUACUAGCGUUAUCGCACAAUAUCAAAUUCCAGGCCUAUCAUGGACGACCAAUUCAACGGCCGCACCGAUGACGAUUUGUUUGCCGACGACUUCGAGCCCGUCGAGGCCCAACAAGAAGCACCGCCCACAAAAAGCGUCAAAGAAACACCUCCAGUAGCCGAGAAUGGGCCACCAUCCGUGACUUCUGAGGAACCUCCUAUCGCAGCGGUUCAGCCUGCCCCCGCGCAACAUACGCCCCGAUCUCUAGAUCAAUCGCGGCAUGCGAACGCAAAGCCAACUCCUCCCCCGUCGUCGCACCAACACCAGCGUCCGCGCAAGCACUCCCCGAAGCCAGCUCCGGGCGUGGCCGCAGUAACAACCCCUCCCGAUUCCCCACAGGAGUUCCGCCCCAAGACCAGCAGCAGCGGUGGUGACGACAACAACAACAACAACAACAGCAUCACCACCCCCGCCAGCAUCAGCAGCAGCAACAAUAACAGCAGCUCCGCCAAAAAAGCGCAGACCUCACCCGCGAAACCUGGGCAGAACACAGCACUCGCGGACCGACUCGCCUCUGGCGCGAACCCGCGCACGAAGCUAACGGAGUCGGAAUUAGCAGCGAAGAUGGAGGAGAUGCGACUCCUAGCAGCGGAGAAGACUAGGCGGUUCGAGCAGGCGGAGCGCGACAGCAGGUCGCAUGCCGCGGCGUAUGAGAAGGGGAUGGAGGAGGCGCGAAAACGGCGCGCGGACGACGCUGAGCGCCGUCGCAGAGGAGCUGAGGAGAGGCGCCGCAUGGACGAAGAGCGCGCGGCGAACCGCGAGCGCAAGCUCAAGGCUAUGGGAGCAAAGGAGGGCGGGAGUUGGGAUGAGGGCAAGAUGCUUGAGGAGGAUAGGGAUCGUCGCGCUGGGUUUCGCAGCGCUAAUGGGGGGAUCAGGGGCGCGCGCAAUGCGGGUGGGAUUGCUGGGAGUAGGUUUGCGGAGAAGGAGGGCGAUGUCGUGCCAAGGGAAUUUGGGUUCGAUGAUUUUAGGGGAAGGGGGCGUGGUGGACGUGGGAGAGGCGGUUCGAGGGGUGGUGCGAGAGGAGGCAGGGGCGGGUUUAACAAUGAGGGAAGACCGUUCGCGACACAGAACGGCGGCGCGCCCCAGCAGCAGAAGACGACUCAGGCUCCUCCUACCGUGGAAGACUUCCCUGCUCUACCAACGUCUAAGAAGCUCGAUACUACAACCAAAACUACGGAUCUGCCUGCCUUUUCGCCAACCUUGAACUCGCCGCCUAUCGGGAAAUGGGAUGACGAGAUGGCGGCGCUUGACGACAAAGCGCAGACCUGGCAAUGAACGAACCCCUUAUGAGCUUGCUUAACGAGGCUUGGGACGGGAAUUUGUAUUGUUUAUUGUAAGGUAUCGGGAUAAAUCGCACAGAGACGGAACGCAUUACCAUUAUUACAAGCUCAGGCGACGCACACGCCCGCUAAAGCAUACGAGCAUUAGAGA